AGCACAAAUUUAAAAAUUUAUAAAAUUGAUAAAAGUAAAUUAAACGAAAAAAGUUUAUAAAGCAAUGCAUAACAAUUCCAAAGCACGCCAGUCAAUUAAAGUCGAGAAGGAAAAUGAAAAUAUUAAGCUACGGAAAAAAAUAAAAAGCUUGACCACAGAUAAACAUUUGGGUAACAAGAGAGAAACAGUGUGGGAUCGUCUAAGUAAAGUCAAAAAAGCUCCCAGUAUGGAGAAUAUUUUAGGAGCAACGAGAUCACGUCCUAGUAUUACUUUUAAAACUUCACAACGUUUUCAAACUUUAAAGCAGUUCCCGUUCAAUCAGUCAAUACAAGUGACACGAAAUCCAUUAUUACCAACUACUAGUUCCAAUAACAAGCUAUCGAAUGUGACUAAAAAAAGCAGUCUAAAGCCAAGUGUUGCCUCUGAAACUGAAAAGCGAGCGUUUUUACAUAUCGAUCCUAUUAAAGAGAUAAUGACUGCUCGCAGUUUGAAUCGUGAUGAAUCGAAAUCUUUAUUAAACAGUAAAUUAGAUUCCUUGGAGGCUUCGAAUGAAGAAUAUGAAUUGGCUCCAUUAUUGAACUCUGAGUACAACUCUACGAGCAGUAUAGUAAUAUUGAACAAUGUUCGUGAAUUUUUGCAACAACAGCAAAAAUUUAUGACCUUGAAUGAUAUUGAACUCGUUAAAGAUGUUGUUAAGUCCGAUAGCAGAUAUAGAGAAGUGGACCAAAAUCCCAAACUCUUUAAAGAAAUUCUAAAAAAUCAGUUACAAAAGACAUUAAAACACGAAUUUGCUAUUAAAAAUGUUUUAGACUGUUUAGAAUCUUCGGGUUUAGAGCAAAAUCUUCAAAUCGAAACAACCAAAUCCAUAAACAAAAUUGUGAGUUUCUCGGGCAACAGUACAGAAUCCCAAAAAUUCGAAGUCGAUAUUAUAUUUAAAAAUGUUCCAUCUUUAGAUAAAGAAAUUGAAAUUCUUAGAGCUCUCGGUGAAAAAUUAGAAGCUACUCUAAAAAGUUCAACAUCUCUUAGAAAAAAUCAUGAAGAUAUAGGGACACAUAGGUCAAUCUUUACACCGCCAUUUACGAAAGAUAGUAAUCAACAUGUAAUGUCUAAAUUAAGAUGCGAAUUGUACGUUUUAACUGGUGAAUAUAAUGCGGAGGUCGUAGUUCAUCAAAUUGGUAUUCGACUUCAUAUGGGAAUUAUAAAUGAAUUCUAUGUGGCUAAUAAAACCAUCGUUGAGCUUAAAGAGGAAUCUAAUCGCCCGUUCUAUGUAUCAAGUAAUUCGAAAAGCCUUCUACUGAAAAGAACAUCUUUUAAAGAACUUAAGGAAACCCCAAGCGAAUUACUGCGUUAUCUAAAGCCCAAGAAUUCCAAAAUUGCAUUUAACAUACUAGAACAAGAUCCAAUAUUUUUUAACAAUUUAUUUAAUAAGUCUGUAAAGCUUUGGAGCGUUCCUUAUGAUUUGUCUAAAAACUUCUCAUAUACCGAGAAAGACCAGCACAUGGCAAUGAAACAUUCCCUUUGUGAGGGUGGUGACAGUGCACUUUGGGAUCAAAUUAACGACGAAUCACAUAAACAUUUUACGAAAGCGUUAAUUGUUAAGGACUCUUUUUACAAGACAUUACGUGAUACCAAUACAACUACAAGUACUUUUGAGCCACCCAUUAGGGGCAAGCAACGCAGGCGCAUAAGACGUUAUUUAACCCCAAUGCCAACUGGUACCUGUUUUAAUCCAAAAAAUACAUUGUUCAAGACAGUUUUAGUGGGAAUUGUACAAAUGUCGGUAUUCAUAAUAUUCAUAAUGGCCUUAACAUAUCCGGAUGCCAGGUGUUAGCAUGUUUCGACUAUUUUCUUUUACAUAAAUUUAUUAAAAAGAAAUUACAGAAGUUCAUUUUUUCAGACAUAAUUCGUAAAAUAUUAAAUUCAGUAAUAUCUUUUCCUUUUAAAUAAAUGUAAACUGGUGUUUAAUAAAUACAUAAAAUUAUUAGUAUUGUAUAA